AUGGGAACGUUCCAAACAUUUAGAAAGGCCUACGGAGCGCUUAAAGAUUCCACCAAGGUUGGCCUAGCCAAGGUCAAUAGCGAUUACAAGGAAUUGGACAUUGCAAUUAUUAAAGCUACAAGUCACGUAGAAUAUCCCCCCAAAGAACGUCAUGUUCGAAAAAUAUUCUAUGCCACAUCUGCACACCAACCACGGGCAGAUGUAGCAUAUUGUAUCCACACACUUUCGAAGAGACUUUCCAAGACGCGGAAUUGGAUAGUUGCCAUAAAGACAUUGAUAGUGAUUCAUAGGAUAUUGAGAGAGGGUGAUCCUACCUUCAAAGAAGACCUUGUAACCUACUCGCGCAGGGUCCGUUUUCUGCAAAUUCCCAAUUUCAGAGAUGACUCCAGCCCUCUAGCUUGGGAUUGUUCUGCAUGGGUUCGAAACUAUGCACAAUUUUUAGAAGAAAGGCUUGAAUGUUUUAGAAUUCUUAAAUAUGACAUUGAUCUCGAGCAUUUAACAAAAUCAUCGCCGAAUUCAACAAAGGCACGUAGCAAAACAGGAAUGUUGACCAGUGAUGAGCUGUUGGAGCAGCUUCCGGCACUGCAGCAACUUCUUUACCGACUUAUUUGCUGUCAGCCUGAAGGAUCAGCUUUCAGCAAUUAUCUAAUACAGUAUGCAUUGGCCUUGAUUCUGAAAGAGAGUUUCAAAAUAUACUGUGCCCUCAAUGAUGGAAUCAUAAAACUUGUGGAAGUGUUCUUUGAUAUGGCAAGAUAUGACGCGGUAAAGGCUAUGCAUAUUUAUAAAAGAGCUGGCCAACAGGCUGAAAAUCUUGCUAAUUUCUAUGAAUACUGCAAAGGCUUAGACCUUGCUAGGAAUUUUCAAUUUCCAAUUCUGAGACAGCCACCACCUACUUUUAUUGCCACAAUGGAAGAAUACAUUAAAGAAGCACCUUCAUCAGGCAAUGCUAAGAGACUGGAGAGUAAGAAAAUUGAUCAAUCACCAAAAGAAGAACCAGAACAAAAAGAAACUGAAAAGCCUGAGGUAAUUGAGGAGCAAGUUGAAGAAGUCAAGGAGGAAGAACCAGUUGAGAAGGAUCAGAGUCAUCAGACAGAAGAGGCUGAACUUCCUCCUUUGAUAUCAACCGACGGUGAUGAUGAUUUGCUGGGUCUAAACGAAAUAAAUCCGAAAGCUCAAGAACUAGAGGAUAGCAAUGCUUUGGCACUGGCAAUUGUACCACUUGGUGGAAACAAUUCGAACAAUCUUGCUUUGACUGACAUAAGUGGAACUACUGGUUGGGAACUUGCACUCGUGACGACACCAAGCAACCACAUAAGCCAAGCACCAGAUCGAAAAAUGGCUGGUGGAUUUGACAAGUUAUUGCUAGACAGUUUGUAUGAAGAUGAAAAUGCCAGGAGACAACUUCAACUCCAAAAUGCUGGUUAUGGAUAUGGCCGAACAGCUAUACAUAAUCCGUUCGAUAAUUAUCAUCAGCAAGAUCCAUUUGCAGUAUCGAACAGCUUAGCGCCUCCAUCUAAUGUACAAAUGGCAUUAAUGGCUCAACAACAAAUGAUGUUCCAACAACAGCAACAACAGCAAAUGAUGUUCCAACAACACAACAUGAUGAUGGUACCUUACCAGCAACAGCAUCCACAUACUCAGUACCCUCAACAGAUGUCAGUGGGUUAUUCUAAUCCAUUUGAAGAUCCUUUACCUGUACCUAGCUAUUCUUAUAAUUCACUGCACCAUCAUCAAGGGAACUACAAUAUAAUGUAGACUUCAGUCUCUUUGUAACUUGGUUCCUCUUCCCAUUCUCACCACUUAAAGGAUGUAUUCUGUGUUA